AUGAAUCGAGACGAAUUUAAAAUUAUAUUAUUAGGGGACACACAUGUAGACAAGACAUCUAUUGCAAUCAGACAGUCAGAAAACUUUUUUUCGCAUAGCUCAAAGCCAACAAUUGGUGCAAAUCAAUUAAUUUCCAAAGUCAAAGUAAAUAAUAGAGAGAUCGAGCUCGUGUUAUGGGACACUGCUGGACAAGAAGAAUUUAAUGCGCUCAUACCAAUGUAUUUAAGAAAUUCUAGCUGUGCAAUAAUAGUUUGCGCGGCCAAUAACCAACAAACAAUAUAUAAUAUUCCAAAAUGGUAUACAAUGCUUGAAGAAAUGACUGUAACUCCUCCGUGCAUAGUUGCAAUAAAUAAAGUUGAUCUAUUAGCAGAUCAAGUUCAAGAUGUCGAGAAUAUCCGACAAAAACUUGAAAAUAGAUACAAAAACAUUAUAUUUGUAUCAGCUCUUACCGGUUAUAAUAUUGGUCUCUUAUUUGAUACUGUUGCUCAGAAUUGUUUAAUGGAAAAGGUGCCAGAUACUAGCGAAUUUGCUGUUAUGCAAUCACAAAAGAGGAAUUCAUGCUGUUAA